CCUUCCGUCGAGGACAUGUUUCCUGAAAGGUUUGUUGUCAUUUGCCUGGAUACGGUGCCUCAUCCUGUGAUGCUGCAGCGCUAACGGAUGAACAUCUUGCAUCGACAUCACAUUAAACGUGUGUAAUGAUGGACGAAAGCACAGAGCUGUCUGUCUCUAUAACACAGAUAGUUCAACGGCUCAAAGGGACUCAUUUACACUCUCAGCUGGAGAAACAGGCUAAAGAAUGUAUGCACAAACCCGAAAUUAAACUAGAAACACUGAAAGAUGACGUGAGGAGAUUGUUAAAAGAAUCAGGUUGGGAGAGGAAAUUACAAAAUGCAGUUUACAGGGAAUUACACAUUCUGCCUCCCCCUGGGCACCCCAGAGCACCUCCUGAACAUGCCAAAGAGCCCCUGGAAUAUAUGCGCAAAGCCCAGGUGAGCUGGGAGAAAAGGAUCCUGAAAAGUUUGAACAGUAUGUGCACUGAGUUAGGAAUCCCACUGGCACGUAAGCGUCCCAUCUCAGAGCAGAAAGAGCUGACAAAUAAAUGGAACGAGAUGGGAACUGAUGAACCAGACCUAAGCAAAUUCAGGCCUGUCUACGCACCCAAAGACUUCAUUGAGGUGCUGAUUGGUUUAAGAAAUCUGAAUAAUGAUCGCAGUGAAGAUGUAACAGUAAGAAGCAACUGGGGUUUAAUACAGGUUUCCCUCAACGUUCGUGACAUUCCUCAAAUGAGAGAAACGUAUCCAGAAUUGGGUCUUACUUAUGGGCAGCUUGGUAUUGAUGAUCACACUCAUGUUCCUCCAGAUUUAUUUGAGAGUGAGCACAUUCUCAUUGGAAAAAAAGUGGUGAGUGAGCAAGACAGUGCAGCGGCGCAGCAGUACAGCAGGCAGGGCUGUCCCACGGGUCUCAGGGCCCAGCUAUGGACUCUCAUCCUGAAUACUACCGAUGAUCCUGAGGUCAUAACACAUUACGAACAGCUAAAGGCCAGAGUCAUGCAUCACAGCCUGCUUGUGGACAACCUAAUAUAUAAGGAUGUGAAGCUCACUGCGAGUAAUGACGAUUACUACUUUGUGUUUGAGGACUAUUUAUAUCAGGUCUUGCUGUGUUUUUCUCGAGACACUGCAGUCCUUGAGCAUUUCAACUACAACAGCGCUACGCCUCCUAAAUCUUGCGUCCAAAGCAAGUCUGGCUCAGAGCAGUGUGCUGUGGUUUACCCCCCAAAUGGUGUCGUCCCAUUUCAUGGCUUCUCGAUGUACGUUGCUCCUCUGUGUUUCUUAUAUAAUGAGCCAUCUAAGCUGUACAGUGUGUUUAGGGAGAUGUAUAUUCGCUAUUUCUUCAGAUUACACUCGAUCUCCUCACAUCCGUCUGGUAUAGUGUCUCUGUGCUUGCAGUUUGAAAGGUUACUGCAGACUCAUCUUCCUCAACUGUUCUACCAUCUACGAGAGAUUGGAGCCCAACCGUUGCGUAUUGCCUUUAAGUGGAUAGUCCGAGCCUUCUCAGGAUACCUGUCCACUGACCAGCUCCUGUUGUUAUGGGACCGUAUCCUAGGAUACGGAUCCUUAGAAAUAGUGGCAGUCCUGGCCGCUGCGGUCUUUGCCUUCCGAGCUGAAAACCUAAUGGAAGUGACGUCACUGGCAUCAGCUGAGGCUGUUCUUGCUGACCUCUCAACCUUGAAGGUGAUGCCCUUGCUGCAGAUCUUCCUCUUCGCCACUUCUGUCUGAGGAACGAUUUGCGUGUGUUGGUGGGUGAAUGUUCCAGUCCAUUUGGAUUUCAUGUUGAGACGUACUGUAUAUUUCACCCACAAAUGAAAGUUUUGUAAUGUUUUUACACGCCUUCAUGUCAUUCCAAACCUGUAUGACUGACUGCCGUCUGUGGAACUCAAAAUAAGAUAUUUAGAACAAUGGGUUAUCAAACACGUUUGGUUCAAGUCAUACAGGUCUGGAAUGACAUGAGGAUGAUGCCAAAAUAACAAUUUACAUUUUUUUGGGUGAAAUGCUCUUUUAAGUAGUAAAAUGGCUAUAAAGCCACUUUCCUUUUCUCCAGACAUAACCAAUUCCUCUAACUUAUCAACCCUCCCGUCUAACCGUCUUGCUCCAUUUUGGUGACUGCCUCUCACAAUCCAUUGGUUUCCAAAAGGAUAAAUUAAAGAUCUGUCCUUCUUUUAUACUUUUCCCACAAAAAUGCAUUUGAUUAUAGGAGUAUACAAAAUGACGACCCCCGCUAUUUUAGGUGUCAUUAAUUUCAAUGCAUAGUUUGAACUGUAAUAGUGACACAAGGAAAAAAACAAGACUAGAUAUGUUUAAUAUAUUCUCAUGUAUGAAUGUUAUAUAAAUGUUGAUGCCAUAUUAUCACUGCAAACCUAAGAGAAUACUGUAUGCAAAACUAACAUUUUUCGUGCAACAUAGCUAAAUAUCAUGAAUGAAAAAUUCAAUAUGGUCUUCCAUGAUGGGUUCAAUUUGUUGGAUAUAGUUAGUGCCGGUGAAUUUGGAAAAGAACAUUUAUCAAACUAUGAACAUUAGUGUAAUUUCCAUGGAUAACACACUGAUUGAGAUCCGUAUUUUGCCAUUCAUAUUUACAAAAUGGUUGUUUUUGUGUGACUAUUAAUAAAUCCAGAACUUGUUGCACUCCCUGGCAUGACAAAAAAAAAA